UACUGUCACGGUUAUUGGAAGUUAAACAGAAAUUGUAUUGUGCAUUUUAAAUGGACGUGUCAUAUUACAUAGUCGACAUUUUGUCAGUAGCGUUCUAUGUAGCUUUGUAUCCAAGUGCAACUAGCAUAAUAUGUGGACAAAACCUUAAAUAACUAAAAUGCAUGUUUGUGACACUCCGCCUGACUCUGGUUACGUAGACAUGUAUCCCAGUUGAUAUAUAAGAUUAACGUCUUAUCUUCAAACAGGAAAACAAGACAUUAUGCUUAAAGUUAUUCAAGUGAAGCGGAGUGAUUUCCGACAGGACUUUGUACGUCUGCUUACUUUUAUCAUAGCAAUCGGAAUUUUAUUUCCAAUGUCCUGGUACAUAUACCUAAACGCCAGAUCUUUAGAGCUUACUGAAAAAUUGCUAUAUGAUGCUAUAGGGGACACAAAAGUUGUUCUCCGAAACAUUAAAACUUUUACAACUCUUCCGCACUUGCAUAUAAAUAUGCAAAAAAAUGUUGAAUUUAAUCAAACUUUACAUACUGGUACUAAAAACCCUGUUGAACAAAACCAGGAAGAUAGCCAACAGAAGCAUUCUGGUUGGUUCUUAGAAAGUUUUCACUUUAUCAUUAACAAUGAAGACAUUUGUAAAUCAGCUAACGAGUUAAUUGAUAUACUGAUUAUGAUAACGUCUUCUCCGCAAAAUAAGUUGAGUCGAAACGCUUUACGAGAGACUUGGUUGACGCAUACGAAAAUGAACAAAGGAAAUAUGAGAUAUGUAUUUCUACUUGGAGAGUCGCCAAUGACUAAAGAAUUAGAAAAAGAAAACUUGCAAACAAAGGACAUCAUUUUGGGAAACUUUAAGGACGCAUACAAUAAUCUAACUUAUAAAACAUUGAUGGGUUAUCAAUGGGCAACACAACACUGCAGAAACGCACAGUUCGUUAUGAAAACGGAUGACGAUAUGUACGUUCAUAUUCCUGGACUAAUUAGAGUAACAAAGAAGAAUGCCAAUGCUUUACAAACUGCCGUGGGUGGAAACUGUGCUCGUUUGGCAAAUCCUAUACGAGAUAAACGGUCCAAAUGGUAUGCUUCAUUUAAAAGUUAUCCACAAACAACCUAUCCGGGGUUCUGUUCGGGUACUGGAUACGUCACCAGUCUAAACGUUGUCACAAAAAUAGUACAAACAUCAAAAGAUGUUCCGUUUUUUCAUCUUGAAGAUGUAUAUGUUGCUUUGUGUAUCAAAAAACUUGGUUUAAAAUUACAUCCAAUAGGCGGCUUUAUGCUAGCUUAUAAUUUCGGCAAUUGUACACAUAACGAUAAUACAUUAGUCACUGUUCAUCAAGUGUCAGUAAGCAUGUUGAAACGUAUUUGGGAGACACCUUGUACCCCCAAAAAAGUAUAAUUGAACAUGGAAACAUAGUCUAUAUAGACACCGUUCUUUUAUACAAGACAUCUUUUACGCAUAUAAGAUAUAAGAGUACCUUGAAAAAAAGAUGUUGAUGAAGACACCUUAUACCUAAAAUAAGGCGUAAUUUUCCAUGGACCAUUUAUCGAUAUAUUUGUAGAUGUGAACGCAGUUUUAAUGUUGAAGACGCUUUCUAUUAAAUAAAGAAAUAAUUAAACCAUUAUAAA